AUGGGUGGGAAGGGAAAGUGGAGCACUAGGGUUUCAAGAGGAGGGGAGUUUGUAGGGGAUGAGGAGGAAGGAGAUGUUGAUGGCAAUGCGAAUGAUGGAAAUGAAGGCCAUGGUGUGUGUUUUCACCUAUCCAAUGGUGUUUCCCUCUUUUGGGAAAUUGUGGUUCUAGGGUACUUGGAUUUGCCUCCUUGUGCAUGGUGCCCUACUUUGGGUCAAAGGGAUCCCGUCUUUUGUGCCACAGUGGCUUUGUUUGUGGGGGUAGAAUUUGUCCAUGCCUUGCAUGGUGGUUUAGUGUAUGUGGUUGAUAGUGUUGCAGUGCUUGUUGUUGGGUGGGUUUAUCUUGUUGAAAGUGAUGUUUGGGGCCCAGAGGUGCUUCAAAGGGUAGCAACCCCCUCCUCUAUUUUUGUCAUGAAUCUGUGGCUUGUUCAAUGGUUAAAGAAGGUGUUUCCUUUGACAUUUGUGUCUUCUUCCCAGGUGGUUUUUAGCAAGAAAGAAAGAAAUAAAGAUGCGUUUGGAGCCCAUUCUUCUCCUCGGAACAUAACAGAACUCGUUUCACAUUUCGGAAAGUGCGAAAUGAGAAUGAUGAGUCGCACUCUAACUAUUUUGUAUGCGUUUAUCUUGUAUUUCACCCCAGCUUUGAGCACAAACGAGAAAACAAGAUCGUGCCGACCUGCUUCAUCUGUUCAAUGCAGAAGCCAUGGAUGCGAAAUCUUCAAUUACCAGGGCAUAUGGGAGGACCGUUCCAUUUGCAAGGCAGCCAGCGUGGCGAGGCCUACUUCAGAGGCCCAACUCGUCCGUGCUGUUGCCCACGCUAUUUACAACUCUAAGAAGAUCAAAGUGGUGAGCAGACAUGCUCACAGCCUAUCAAAGCUCGUCUGUGUUGAGAGCGAUGGAUUCAUCAUUUCGACGGAAAAUUAUGACUCCGUCAUUGAAGUGAAUAGAAAGGCCAUGACAAUCACUGUCCAAGCCGGAACGAUGAUGAGUGAUGUGAUCGAAGCAGCUGCAAAGCAUGGCCUCGCUCUACCCGCCAUGCCUUACAUCAGUGGAGUUUCUGCAGCCGGCGUUAUUUCCACCGGAGCCCACGGCAGCAGUUUAGCCGGGAAAGGCAGUGGAGUUUAUGAAUACGUGGUGGGAAUGAGAAUCGUAGUUCCUGGUUCUCCUUUCGAUGGUUACGCAAAGAUCAUAACUUUGACUGAAGCAGAUGAAGAUCUCAAGGCUGCCAGAUUGGCUCUGGGAACCCUGGGAGCAAUUUCAGAGAUAACAUUCGCUUUGCGGCCCAUGUUUAAACGAUCGGUUUCUGUCUAUGUGAAAGAUGAUUUCGAUCUGGAAAAUGAAACGGAACGUUUCCUCAGAGCUCACACAUUUGGUGAUAUAAGAUGGCUUCCUUCACACCGGAAGGUCGUUUUUCAUGCCAGCAAUCGCGUUUCUGUUGAUGUUGCAGGAGACGGCAGCAGCGCAAUGACCGGUGCUCCCACCACGGUAGCUGACAUUGAAACAGGGGCUUAUCAAUUUGAUUCAAUCCAGGCAGAAGCAGACGUGGACGCAAUUUGCAACCUUGUUGGAAACGGGACAAUUCAAGCUGUGGCGAAUGGCAACGGGUUUUUGAAUGACGGGAAACGCUUCACAGGCUACCCAGUUAUCGGUUUCAAUCAUCGCAUGCAGACAUCUGGUAAAUGCGAACAAGUUCCUAAACAAAAAGAUAAGAGCUGUACUCCUACCCAAAUUUUAGAUAAAAAUGAGACCACAUGUAGCUGGGACCGUCGAGUGCACACGUCUUUGUAUUUUGACGUGGAACUGAGAGUGCCUUUGUCUCGAUUCCGAGAGGCCAUGGCCGAUGUAAAGAAAAUAAGAGAUUUGAAUCCUCAAAGAAUGUGCGACUUAGGUUUCAUAUUUAUUCGGUCUAUUAAGAAGUCGGAGGUGUACCUGGGACCGGCUGAGGAUCAGGUGACGAUGGAACUCCUAACUUAUCGACCAAGGGAAGCGGGUACACCCAAGUGGAAUGAAGAUGUGUAUCAAGAGAUAGAGCAGAUGUUGAUCGAGAAAUAUGGAGGAACGCUACACUGGGGAAAGUCUGGAGGUCACUUGUUUGGAGGGUUAGCUAAACAGACGGUGAACUUGGAAAAAUUUUUGGAGGUGAAGGGGAGGUUUGAUCCAGAUGGAGUGUUUUCUAAUGAUUGGACGGACGGAUUGUUUGGAAUUGGAGGGAAAGGUGUGGAGGAGUGGAGAGAUGGAUGUGCACUAGACAAAAUGUGUAAAUGUAAAGAGGAUAAACAUUGCGCUCCAAGCAAAGGUUUUUUGUGCAGGUCAGGGAGAAUAUGGAAGUAUGCUCAUGUUUGUAAGAAGGUCAAAUGA